AAAGCAAGGCGUCGUCGAUUAAAGAUACAUCGGCCGAAUGUGAGUAGGCUUAUUGUUAGAAAAGAUUAAGACAAUAUAGAGUAUAUGCUUUAACGAUAGACCUAACCCGGAAGUCGGCGACUUGCACAUUUGCUGGGGCAUUUGUUUUGUAGCGAGCACUUGAUUGGAAUCGCGAAUUGAGGAUGGACGGAGACUUGACAGCUGAGAUUUUACCAACGUCCAAGAACCAGGGAGCCGGCGGCCGCUCAGGCCUAAUAUUAGUCGUGAUAGUUACCAGUUGUAUUAUAAGUCUACUAGCCUUAGUUUUAUCUGCCGUCAGCCUAAGCAACAAGGGUACAACCAAUAUUAACGUACCGGAAAAAUUUUCUAACUCAGGAUCCGAUGAUUCAUCGUCGGACAAGAUAUGGACAUUUGCUAUUGGACAUGAUGGAACAAACUUGGAGUACAUUGACGAAAUAUCGGGUACUCUCCGUGGCUUCCACGUGGAUCUUGUCAAUGCAGUGUGCGAGAUUGCAAACAAGAAUUGUGUCCUGAUGUGGGAUCUGUAUACGAACUGUUGGGAAUCUAAUGCUGGUGGACUACCUCGUGGUGGAAAAGGCUUGAUGAAUAGCUGGUAUGAUGCCUGCACAGGUUGGUUUGGAACAUACGAACGAAGUCGUACAUUCCAAUUUACUGAUGCGUUCCGUAAAGGGUUCAAUGGAAUAUUUUAUGUAAAAUCUAGCAACCCAAAUUCGUUCGACCCGACCAAUAUAAGUGGAAAGAAGAUAGGAUUUCUAGAUGGUGACGCCACCGAUGAACACUGUGUUGCCAGAAACAGUGACCGAAUUACGGGUGCAAAUAUACUUCCAAAAAAUAUUCGUCAUUACGUCACGCCAAUGCAACUUAGUCAAGCAGUUAUUUCUGGUGAGGUGGAUGCUGGGUUUACCAACUCUAAUAUUCUGUCAGCUUUUACUGGGUUGGAUAAGAUAGGUGACGAGUAUUCGAACUGCUUCUAUAAGGGUGGCGCUAUGAUGAUGAGGAAAGAUAGUAGUCUUGCGUCGUGGUGGAAUCCAGCAUUUGCACGUCUCCAGGAAACUACGAAGUAUAAGGAUAUUUGUGACAAAGUCGCCGAAGUCCAUGGCGAUCGUCCGGGCGGCGACGUGUCCGUGAUAUGUCUUUGAAUAUUGAAGAUGAUGAUGUUCUAGAUAAGUUUACACUUUCCCCCAAGUUGCCUAGAAGACAACUUCGUUCCAUCAUUAGUGAUUGCUGAACAGACGGGAAUUUCAAAUUUAAGGCCUUUAUAAGCUUACGAAAAUUCAAGUACAUUACUUAGCCCGUGUCAUCUAUACGUACGCGACGGUGUUUACUGACGCACACAGAUGUAAAGUAGAUCAGAUUCAAAGUGGCCGAGGCAACACAUUCUUUUUCUAUUUCAUCAUGUUAAUAUCCAUUUUCUUUUUGGAUAAAUAUACAGUAAGAUUGUUUUUUACAACUACUGUUGCUGUUUUAAGUAUUAGGCCUACCAAUUUGUAGAUAUUUUAUUAUUAAACACCGACAUUUUGUCUACUAAGUUUAAGCAUAGGCCUUUGUUCUGUUUUUCGUGUACACAGGGCAGGGAAGUACAUUCGUCACAUAAGAUUCUAUUAAUAAGCUCGAAUAUUACCAACAGUGUUUGCUAAUUUUUAAGGUUUAUCAAAUCCUCGCGUUAUAUCAAUAUGCAUGAAGAAAUAUUUUUAGGCUAUGAUGUCGAAAUUUACAAAUAUUACACCGAGGCCUGUAUACAAAAUCAAAAGAUUUUAGUUCUUCAACUAAUUAUGUGGACAGUUACCAAUUCAACAACCAAAAAGGACAUUCUGACUCGGUUGUUAACAUUUCUCUUAGGCCCGAACAUAAGUUACACAUUCAUGCUAUUACGUAGGCCUAGAUUUGCACUGAGCGCCGAAUUUGACUGGUAUUAGACAUUUCGUCGGAAAACCCGGGAAGCUAUUUUGAAAAGCCAAAUGUGUGUUUACGGUAUGCUCACACUAAACUACACAAUCAAUAAUCAAAAUUAAUGAAGCAUUUAUCACAAUCGAAUGUGUUGUUUAAAAAGCCCUAACACUUUAAUCGUAUUGCAUAUUCAGUCAUUACAAUAGCGGCCCCUCUCGCAU